AUGAAACGUAUAGUGGUGCUACUGUUCUACGGAGCAUUAAUCGGGAUGGUGUCCUGCAGAAGAAAGAUUCAAUGUCGAUUAUUGCAGCCGGUCGUGCAGGAAACAACGACAACAUUGGCUCCUCCGGUGCAUAUCAUAAACAGUACCGAGUUUGAGAUGAUUAUGGCGAAGUUAGAUGCGUUAGAUUUACGUCUAGUGAAAACGGAGUUUUCCUUACAAAACACGAUACACGCGAUUGCAAAUGAUAUGUCCAAUUUGGGCCAAGUGGUGGAAAAACUAGCCUGGGUUGCUAGCCAAACUGAACUGUCCAGCAGUUUUGUGGAGCAUCACGUAAAAUUGAUCGAGUAUAAUUUGACAACCCUGCAGAAGGAUGUCAGAGAUGUAUUAAACAUUCAGCAACGUCUUCCGACGAGAAGUUACAUCGAGAAUGCGUUGGUGAAAUUGAAAUUCGCCCCAUCAAUGCAGACCGUAGAGCCGAUGACGGAAGACAAAGUGCAAAUGAUGGUGGAAACUAUGCAUUCCAUAAUGGAUGAACCGACCUACGAGUACUGCGACCAGCUGCCAGAAAAUAGCACAUCCGGUGUCUAUAUAAUUCAACCGGAUGGCGAUUUCCGUGAUCCAAUGAAAGUGUUUUGCAAUCAGACUUUUAUGGCUGGCGGUUGGACAGUGAUCCAAAACCGUUUCAAUGGAACGGUAAAUUUCUAUCGAGAUUUUCAAGAGUACACACGUGGAUUUGGUAAAAUGGACGGCGGUGAAUUCUGGCUGGGGCUUGAUCGAAUCCAUCGAUUGACCUACUCGGCCCCGCACGAAUUGGUGGUGGUCCUUGAAGACUGGGAAGGUGUUUCGAAGUAUGCGAGAUACGAGAACUUUGAGGUCGCUGGAGAGUAUGAGAAUUUUAAAAUAAACCAUCUCGAUGGAUACUACGGGACAGCAGGAGACUCGAUGAGCUAUACUGUGAACGGAUAUUUCACCACUUUCGAUCGGGAUCAUGACACCAAUGAGAAGGACAAUUGUGCCAUCAAGUAUCACGGGGCUUGGUGGUACAAAGCUUGCCAUUCGGGCAACUUAAAUGGAAAAUACCUACGAGGCAGUACAACCGAGUUUGGUACUGGAAUGAAUUGGAAUACUUUUCAUGGAAUGAACUAUGCGUUGAAGUCAUCGAUGAUCAUGAUCCGAAGACGAAUGGAUAUGAUUUCGCUGGAAGCUCAGCGCACACACAUUGUGCCCGAGAAUGUUACAGCGAAAAGCGAGGAAACCGAAAAAAUAAAUUCUAUUGAAUAA